AUGGCUACGAACGGUGACUCGCGGCCCGCGCCGGGCGACCGCACCGUCAUUGGUAUUACCUUUGGCAACUCCAACAGCUCCAUCGCAUACACCAAGGACGACAAGGCCGAGGUUAUGGCCAACGAGGACGGAGAUCGUCAGAUUCCCACCAUCCUCUCCUACGUUGACGGAGACGAGUACUACGGACAGCAGGCCAAGGCCUUCCUCAUCCGGAAUCCCACCAACACGAUCGCAUACUUCAAGGAAUUCCUCGGUCAGGACUUCAAGUCCAUCGACCCCACCCACAACCACGCCUCUGCUCAUCCUCAGGAUAUGAGCGGCACCGUCUCCUUUUCAGUGAAGGACAAGGAGGAUGCCGAGGAGCCCUCUAACGUUUCCGUUCACGAGGCCGCCACGCGCUAUAUCCGUCGCCUCGUCAGCUCCGCCAGCGACUACCUUGGCCAGAAGGUCACCUCCGCCGUCAUCACCGUCCCCACCAACUUCACCGAGAAGCAGAAGGAGGCCCUCCUCAAGGCCGCUAAGGACGCCGGCCUGGAGAUCCUCCAGGUCAUCUCCGACCCCAUCGCCGCCGUCCUCGCCUACGACGCCCGCCCCGAGGCCGUCAUUGAGGACAAGAUUGUCGUCGUCGCCGAUCUUGGCGGCACCCGCUCCGACGUGGCCGUCGUCGCUUCCCGCGGCGGCAUGUACACCGUCCUCGCCACCGCUCACGACUACGAGUUCUCCGGCUCCCACCUCGACCAGGUCUUGAUCGACUACUUCGCCAAGGAGUUCAUCAAGAAGCACACCACCGACCCCCGCGAGAACGCCCGCUCCCUGGCCAAGCUGAGGGCCGAGUCCGAGUCCACCAAGAGGGCCCUGUCCCUGAGCAACAACGCCAGCUUCAGCAUUGAGUCCCUGGCUGACGGUAUCGAUUUCCAGUCCACCAUCAACCGGUUACGCUACGAGAUGGUUGCCCGCAAGGUCUUUGACGGCUUCAACCGCCUUGUCGAGGGCGUCGUCAAGAAGGCCGAGCUCGACGUUCUCGACAUUGACGAGGUCAUUGUCGCCGGCGGCACCGCCCACACCCCCCGCAUCGCCGCCAACUUUGCCGGCCUCUUCCCCGAGUCCACAAAGGUUAUCGCGCCCUCCACCGUCGCCAACGCCAUCAACCCCUCCGAGCUCCUCGCCCGCGGUGCCGCCCUCCAGGCGUCCCUGAUCCAGGAGUACGAGGCCGACGACAUUGACCAGAGCACCCACGCCGCCGUCACUACCGUCAAGCACAUUGCCAACGCCAUCGGCGUCGUUGGCGCAAACGAAGAAUUUGUCCCCGUGGUCCCUGCUGAGACCGCCGUCCCUGCCCGCCGCACCAUCAAGAUUGCUGGUCCCAAGGAGGGUGGCGAUGUCCUCGUUCGCAUCGUCGAGGGCGGCGCCCACAUCAAGGUCACCAAGCCCGAGCCCAAGGCUAAGCCCGAGACUAACGGCGACGACGAGGACGACUCGGAUUUCUCCGACGAGGAGGAGGAGGACAUCCGUGAGAAGGUCUGGAAGGUCGGGCCUACCCUCGCCGAGGCCGCCGUCCGCGGCGUCGGCAAGGGCUCCAAGGUCGAGGUCACCAUCAACGUCGCCGCCGACCUUGGCGUCACGAUAACGGCGAGAGAGGUUGGCGGUAAGGGUGGUGUCCGCGGCACCAUUAGCGCUCCUUGA